UCCGCGGGCCAGUGUCUUGUUGACAGUCGUGAACUUAAUGCUUACGUUAGAUUUCCCCCGACACGUUCUUUAAAGCUGCCUACGUACCUGUACUUCGUAUUUUUUAUAUGGUGUCUACUUUGUUGAUGUCUUUUUAAACUUCGUUUUACGAGUACCUUCGUAUAUCCUCGGUGAGGCCUUAACCAGCCAUGGACAUAGACGAGAAUUCAGACGACAAGAGACGCACCUUCGCCGUGAACCGCGUCAAUACCGAGGAACACCACGCCGAUGACGACAUCGAGGAUGAGCGUCCGGGAUCCCCAGACGAAAGAUGCGGCACCCCCAACCAGAUGUCGCCCUUGCACUCCGACACUCCCACCCACCCCAGCCUGUCGUACUCCACCUUCAGGUCCCUCCGUCAGAUGACUCGAGAGGCCCUCCCGCGCCUGGACCACUACAGGAACCUGGCCAGUAUCGUCAGGAGCCCCGGGAACAUAGGGCAGAGGCCUACCCUCGACGACCUCCAUCAGCCUCCUCUGGAUAAGGAUUUUUAUGAUGACGAAGACUACGAGCAAAUGCUGGUGAAGCAGAGGAGCGUUCACGACGAACCACAGGGCCUGGAAAACAAAUUCGGCUGGAUCAAGGGCGUCUUCGUCAGGUGUCUGCUGAACAUCUGGGGCGUCAUCCUCUUCCUCAGGCUCUCUUGGGUCACGGGGCAGGCGGGAAUCUUGCAAGGCUUGGCUAUCGUCACCUGCGGCAACGUUGUCACAACGAUCUCGGCUCUCUCCAUGUCGGCUAUUUCCACCAACGGACAAAUCAAAGGAGGAGGAACGUAUUACAUGAUCAGCCGUUCGCUGGGACCUGAAUUCGGUGGUGCCAUCGGUCUCAUCUUCUCCCUGGCUAAUGCCAUCGCCGCGUCUAUGUACAUCGUAGGUUUCUGCGAGUCUAUGAACGAUCUCCUGGCCACAUUCGAAGUCCAGAUAUUCGAUGGAGGUGUCAAUGACGUCCGUCUGGUCGGAAGCAUCACUCUCGUGGUCUUGACAGCAAUCUGCAUCAUCGGAAUGGAGUGGGAAGCGAGGGCACAAAUUGUGUUGUUGAUGGUCUUGCUGGUGGCAAUAUUGGAUUUCAUCAUUGGAGCUUUCGUGGGUCCUCUCACAGAUGAUGAAAUUGCUAGAGGAUUUGUGGGCUUAAAUGGUACGGUACUUAUGGAGAAUCUGUACUCGGACUACCGUAAAGAUGAUGUCGGUCAGGAUAUGUCCUUCUUUGGCGUUUUCAGCGUCUUCUUCCCCGCUUGUACUGGUAUUCUUGCUGGAGCCAACAUUUCUGGAGACUUGAAGGAUCCUUCAUCUGCUAUCCCAAAAGGCACUCUCCUAGCCAUCUUCCUCACCUACCUAUCCAACCUCUUCUUCAUCAUCUUGUGUGGUGCUGUUGAAGUGAGGGAUGCCACUGGCAACAUUACUCAUGUUGCAGACUGGUCCUUUGCUAACUGCACCGGAGAAACAUCCUGCGAGUUUGGCCUGCAGAACAGCAGUCAAGUCAUGGAGCUGAUCUCUAUCUUCGGCCCUCUCAUUUAUGCUGGAUGUUUUGCAGCUACCAUUUCAUCAGCUCUGGCUUCCUUGGUGUCUGCCCCAAAGGUCUUCCAGGCUCUGUGCAAGGACAAGCUGUAUCCGUACAUCGAAUACUUUGGCAAAGGAUAUGGAAAGAAUGAUGAGCCAUACAGAGGAUUUGUGUUGGCCUUCUUCAUCAUUCUCAUUUUUACCCUCAUUGCCCGACUGGAUGCUAUUGCACCAAUCAUCACAAACUUCUUCUUGGCUGCGUAUGCCCUGAUCAACUUCUCCACAUUCCAUGCUUCUAUGCAAAAAGUUCCUGGAUGGAGACCUACAUUUAAGUUUUAUAAUAAGUGGCUAAGUUUGCUUGGCGGUUUGAUGUGCACUGCCAUUAUGUUCCUCAUCCAGUGGUGGACAGCCUUGCUGACUGUACUGAUCAUCAUUUUGCUCUAUGUCAUUGUGUCAUACAGGAAACCAGAUGUGAACUGGGGCUCUUCUACGCAGGCACAAACAUACUCCUUAGCCCUGAACUCUGUUACUGCGCUAAGUAAUGUUGAAGAACAUAUCAAAACAUACCGUCCUCAGGUGUUAGUGCUGAGUGGUGCUCCUUCUUCUCGUCCUCCUCUUAUUCAGUUUGCAAAUGCCAUCACCAAAAAUAUGUCUUUGCUCAUAGCCGGUCAAUGCCUUGUGGAACAACAAUCAAAGAGAAUCCGUUCCCACCUGACUCUAGACGCCAACAGAUGGUUAUCAAGCCACAAGAUUCGUGCUUUCUAUUCUUUGGCUGAUGGACCUAACAUGGAACUGGCAGCCAGGACACUCAUGGCAAAUGUUGGUCUUGGAAAGCUCCAUCCCAACACCAUCCUAAUGGGCUACAAAACUAAUUGGCAGAAUUGUCCUUUCGAUGAACUCAAUAGUUACUUCAAGAUCAUUCAUUAUGCUUUUGACAUGCACUUGGCCGUAGGCAUCUUGCGAGUGGAAGGCGGACUAGAUUACUCUACUGUUAUUGAAACUAUUCGACAGAAACGGCGACGCACCUGAUCCUACUCCUCUUAGUGCAACAAGCCCAGGAGGAAAUAAUGACAAUA